AGUAAUUUUAAAUGAAAUUAAGAGGCAAGUUUGUGAUCUGAUCAGUACUUUUUUUAAGCUAAUUGGCUUACAUUAAUUUAUUGUUGUUUAUGAGUAGGCGCUGUUUAUUUAUGCAUGAAGCGGCAGAAUGUACGAACAUUGUCACUUGUGGUUUGCACUUUUACGUAUCUUCUCAUCGGAGCAGCGGUCUUUGAUGCAUUGGAGUCAGACACCGAAAGUAAAAGAUUAGAGGUGCUGUCAGACAUGAAAAAUGGCUUAUUACGCAAAUAUAAUAUAAGUGCUGAAGACUACCAUGUGAUAGAAAUAGUAUUGAUAGAGAAUAAGCCCCACAAAGCUGGUCCACAGUGGAAGUUCGCAGGAGCAUUCUAUUUUGCCACUGUCGUUUUAGCUAUGAUUGGCUAUGGACAUUCCACACCUGUUACUGUAGGAGGAAAGGCUUUUUGUAUGGCCUAUGCCAUGGUGGGUAUACCCCUAGGGCUGGUGAUGUUCCAGAGUAUCGGGGAACGGUUAAAUAAGUUCGCUUCAGUUGUGAUUCGUAGAGCGAAAUGUUAUCUGCGUUGUAAUACCACUGAAGCAACCGAAAUGAAUCUGAUGUUUGCUACUGGAAUGCUCUCAUCAAUCAUAAUAACUACAGGAGCCGCCGUAUUCUCUCGGUACGAAGGCUGGAGCUACUUCGAUAGUUUCUAUUACUGCUUCGUGACGCUGACCACCAUCGGCUUCGGAGACUACGUCGCUCUGCAAAACGAUCAAGCCUUGACCAGUAAACCCGGAUAUGUGGCCUUGAGUCUCGUCUUCAUAUUGUUCGGGCUGGCCGUUGUCGCCGCCAGCAUCAACUUACUCGUUCUCAGAUUCAUGACCAUGCAAGCCGAAGAGAACGCUCGAGACGAAGACAAAGAAGGUUCUAGAACAUUGCUACCGAUAGAGGGACACGGCAUCGCGGCCCGGCAGCGUUCACACGACGACCAGGCGUCUGUAUGCUCGUGCAACUGUUUGGGCAAUAAGCAGUGUGAGAGCGGAGCUUUACUCGAAGCUCCUACCCGACCUUAUCGUCUGCGAGCGCGGGCGUCUCUCACCCAAGACAUCAUCGAACGAGCUUCCGUUUAAGUCAAGUUUACUUCUUAAUAAUAAAUUACAAAAUCUAUCUUUUAACAUUAUGAACUAGCCAAAGAAAUUUGUUUGUUGGUGAGAUUGCUAUAGUUACGCGGAGCAGCUCAUAUCUGGUGUCCAAAGUUGAUCAGAUUAGAGAUGAGUCGGAUUUAUUAGAACAGAUCCGAGUAUUAGGUAUUUUACGAGAUUAGGCUGCACCUAAUCCCAUUUUGUCAAUGAGUAUAAUCAACCUGUUCCACCUAAUCUUUGUAUUCUUAAAACGUAAAAUAGAAUGUUCAGCAUACGUUCCCACCUGUUCCUGCGCUAUCUACUCACUUACUCGGUGCAACGUAUCUCACAAUUCUUAAAUGCCUAAUCCUAAUCUUUCAAAUAAUGAUCCAACGAUCACAUUAAUCAAAUAUUAAUAACGAACUAGGAACUUGAGAUUAGGAAUAGGCAGAUAGAGAUUGCUUGCUAAGUAAAGUAUUGGUUGUGAAUGAGAUUAGGAAGAUUAUGUGGAUUAGGUAUUUCUUAAGAUUAGGAACAGGUGGACCUAAUAUCUGAUUUACCUAGUACGACCCAACUCUAGACCAGAUAUCACAGACCCCAGGAUUUACGUCAGUCGCCUUGAGACACGAGUCAAAAUCUGCCUUGUAUUAAAACGUAUCAGCUAGUGCGUAGCUGGUAUAGACUUCUAGGCUACCAGCGAAUUGGGGGGGAAAAAAAUUGUGUCGAUAUAUUUAUUAUAUAUAUGUAUUGAAUAUACUACUUAUCAAAAGUUAUUUCUAGUCGUUAAAGUUUAAUUCCAAAUACAACUUUAUUAAUUAUUAAAAUAAACUACGAUAACUAUGAACUUUGAACAUAUAAAAUAUAAUAAAGAAAUAUUACUAAAUAAUAAUGACAUAAUACACAAAAAUAUUUCAAUAAUACAAUAAUUAAUAAUGUAUAAAUAUUGUAAUAAUACAACAUGCUGUUAUACAAAUUGAUGUAUAUUAUUAUGUAUUUAGAAAAAUUGCAACAGAUUAAAAUGUAUGUGUACUCUAAAAUCCACCUGUUCAAUCAUUAUGAUCUAUCCAGUGAAUAUAAUCAAACAUUAUAUAGAUUCAAAGAGACAAAUUAGAUUCAAUUUCCAAGCAUUAUGGCUUUAUUCGUAAGUUAUCGAAGCUUUAUAAGACAACUAAAAAUGAUAUUCAGAAUGAAAAUGAAUAUGACUGUUACUGUUACUAUAAUUUUUAAUUUAUAAGUAAAAAUGCUUCUUGUGUCAAAACUCAUGUGUGUGCCAAUGACUUAUUGUCAGUGAUCAAAAAUCGAUAGGAUGGAGUAUGUUGUAUACUGUUUGAUUGGCGAUUUAUAUACUUCUAAUAUUUGUAGAUGUGUAAAACGCGGUCAAGUCUAUUUAAAAAAAAAUCGCUUUGAUACGGAUUCAUGUGUCAUUUUUUUUUAUUGUUAGAGAGUCUUUAAGGAAAAAUAUGAACGUUUUAUUAUAAAAGUUGGAGAUAAAAACAGCCGACCUUUUGUUGAAAUUUAACUUUAAAAUGUAUUUGUUAUUGAAUUAAUUUUUUUGUAUCAUAUUUUUUUGCACAUAAUGGUGCAUAAUGAUUUACUGUGAUAAAGUGAUCUCAUUUUUAUAAGAUAAAUAAUUACCUUUUACAAGUAUUAAAUUUAUCGUACAUUUUUAUUUACACUUGAUUGAUAAUUUUAAUUGUCAAACAAAAUACUUAGUCCGUAUGUUCGUAUGGGUUAAUAAACUUUCCAAAUAAACUAUAUUGUAAAAAUAUA